UCUUCAUCACUCUCAGUUCAUCGAUCCCUCUUCCAGCUUUCAAGUCACUCGUUUGACCAGCCCUUCAUUCACAAACCAGUCAUUUAUUCGCUAUUUCAAGCAAUCCCAACAUCGCAACAAUGAAGUACAACACCAUCGCCUUCGCCCCCCUCCUCGCGGCUGUCGCCGAUGCCACCAGCCUGCUGUCUCUCGGUAUUGACAUCAGCCUGCCCGGUGGCCUCUCUCUGCCCGAUGAGUCCGUCGGCCCCACGGGCGAGCCCCGUGCGGACUGCAUCAACGUCUGGCACCCUCCUCACCACGGCGUCGACAUUGACGACUGUGACAACGACUCUGAUGAGCACUGGCAUUAUGUCCACCCAGGCACCAAGUACCCCGAGCAGGAGCAGUACGCCUGGACCACCAAGACUGUCCAUGCCACCAAGAUCCAUACCGUGACCGACUGCCCGGCCUAUGUCACCGACUGCCCCAGCCAUCACACCUAUGUCACUACGGUCGAGGUCCCUGCCACCACUACCAUCUGCCCCGUCCCCGUCAAGGAGGUCUACGAGGCUCCCACCACCAAGGACAUGUACGAGGUCCCAACUACUAAGCCUAUGUACGAGGAGGUCCCGACCACCAAGCCUAUGUACGAAGAGGUUCCUACCACCGAGGCCGAGUAUGAGGUCCCCUCCAUCACCAUGUCCUAUGAGAAGCCCGAGGAGACCUCCACGUCAUGCCCCCCUGGCGAGACCACCGAGAUGUACCCUCCUCCCACCACCAAGGUGUACAAGGUCUCCAGCGUCACCCACCCGUACAUGAAGCCCGAGACCACCUCGCGCCCGCCUGGCGAGGAGACCUACCCAGUCCCUGCCCGCAGCUCCACCAGUUGGAUCCCCAACGUGCCCGAGUACACCACCCCCGCUGUCAUGACUCCCGGCUACGUUCCCCCUGCUGCCGGAACUCAUCCGAUGGUCUGCCCGGGCCCUGGUUGCCCUUCCAAGUCCGUCCCCGGCUACGCUCCUCCUGCCGUCGGCACUUCUUCUAUGGUCUGCCCCGGCCCCGGCUGCCCUCCUUAUCCUACCGAUGUUCCCACUACCAUCAUCCCCGUUGUCCCCGAGAUGCCCACUGAGGGUAUGCCCACCCCGACUCCCACGAUGCCCGUCGUUGUUGGUGGUGCUGUCCGCAACGCUGGCGGUCUCUUCGCCGCCAUUGCGGCCGUUGCUGCUGCCCUCGUCUAAAUCUCAUAUUUCUCACAUUCUUUUCAGCUUCUCAAGAUGGAUUACGUAUUUACGAUGUAAUGCGGUUCUGGAUUGAGAGGAUUGGUGUUCUGAGAGCUAGAGACUUCUCUUUCUUGUAUGGGUGCUAUUUGUGGAUCUUCGAUUUACGGAGAUGAUUGGUGGUGUACCUAUAUUCUUGAUACAUAUUCUUUCGUGCUUAAUAGCAAGGCACCCCUAAUGAUUGUUCCUGGCGCUAGCCGAUGUGACUAAAUAUACCUCGAAGCUACAGAUAAUUGUGAGCAUGAGAUUGGCUUGUUUAUGACGAGACGAGAGA